CGAGACUCUCAACAUCCGAGUCUUCCCUCAAUGGCUCUCACACUUCGCAAUCUGACUCAGAAUCCGUUCACGAUCAAGACAUUGGAGACUUUCGAGGACCCCAAUAAUGCCCAAUCAAAAUCAAAUGUGUUUCCUCCAGACUCAAGGAACGUGGCUCAGCAUGCGCUGAGUUUCCACCAUGAGAAUCUUGAUAUUCUGGUCAAACCUUUCGAAUCAUUUAUGCUGAGAGCAAAGGGUAUGGCGAGUUCUGGUAAAAGCAUCCGAUCCCCAAGCAUAGUUAUGCGCAUUACCAUCGAGAGCGAUAUGGGAGAGCGUCAUCGCAUCGAUACCAACCCUCUGUACACACAAAAAAGCUCUAAGCCAUUCACAAAUUUGAUACACAACCCGUCCAGGAGUUACACCGCACUAUACCACCCGGCGAAACCGGUUGCUCAUCUUGUAGUCCAUACUAAUCAUCUACACAACUACGCCAGGUGGAUGGAAAGCCUCCCUUCCAAUCUUCCGCUUUCAGCCCUCAGCAUUCCCGGUACACACAACUCUCAUACACACUACCGUGGUUUGCCGUCUGUCCGUUGCCAAGUCUCGUCGAUCAAGGUGCAGCUCGAAAAUGGAAUUCGAUUCCUCGAUGUGCGCGUUCAGCCGUCGCAUGCGACGGACACACAGAAGAAAGACUUAUAUCUUGUUCAUGGCGCAUUUCCCAUCAGUUUGACAGGCGUCAAAUACUUUGCGCCGAUACUGGAGACAUGCUAUGCGUUCCUUGCCGCGAACCCCAGCGAAACGAUUCUACUUUCAUUGAAAAGAGAAGGCGUGGGAAGUGCAACGGACGAACAUCUGGCAGCAAUUCUCGAAAACCACUAUAUCGCACCUAACCCAUCGAGAUGGUACACGGGCAAUAGGAUUCCAUACCUGGGCGAUGUCCGCGGGAAGAUCAUCCUCGUACGACGCUACGAUAUUCAGAAGCCCUCGACGCCCCUGUCCAUAUCAUCAAAGACCUCUUCCUCGUCAGCCUCGUUUCCUGUGGCAGCAUGUGGCCUCGACGCUACAGAAUGGCCACACAAUUCGACCCACGCGGUCCAUGGCCCCUUCUGUGUUCAAGAUUGGUGCGAAGUCCUUCACCCUUCCUCGAUACCCUCCAAAUUGCAGUACGCCAACGAGCACCUGAUCCGGUCAUCACAAACCACGGCGUUCAUUCCGGGCGUGAACACCGACGACAAGAACCCCAUCCCACCUGGUCCGCUACAUCUCAACUUUCUGAGCGGCAGCAAUUUCUGGAACAAAGGCACGUGGCCGGAGAAGAUUGCUAAAGUGGUGAAUCGCGGCAUUGAAGAAUGGAUAUGUAUGGGUCAUGCGUUGGAGGAGCCUGUUGUGGCAAUUGACGAGCCGGAUCGAGCCAGGGCUGUAGAUGUUGAGUGCGCUGGUGGAACCACAGGAGGAACCCUGAGACGGAAGGCCAAAGGGGGAGAUGGUGGGACAGGGGUUGUCAUUAUGGAUAAUGUAGGAGAGGGUGGUGAUUGGGAUUUGGUUGGGCUAAUUGUGGGAUUGAAUAUGGGGGUUUUGAUGGCAAUGCACGCCAUUGGUACUGGUCUUUGA